AUGCCAAAGAGAGCACGCAUUCACUUCGUUUCUCUGCGGUCGUCUCUCGUCAAUCUUCCCAUAUCGAUCUAUGGACCCUUAGUCGAACGGAGCGUUCGACCUCAACAUCUUGCGGUUCAUCUCUCUCUGACACCAGAUGAACAGAACAGGCCUACUCAAGAACGCGUCGAGGCAUAUGUUGGCUGGACGGGAAUGGCGUCAGCGUCCUCGCUCGCACAUUUCAAGGCUGGUCAAUCCCGCGAGGGUGGCUUCGAGACCAUAGAGAUUGAUCCUCAGUAUGCUCAAGGUCUCGGGUUGGCUCAAGGGGAUAUUGUCGAAAUCGGACUUCUUCACGAUCUCCCACACGCGAAGUCAGUUGGAACAGAACCUCUGACCUCAGACGACUGGGAAAUAAUUAACUCGUGUCAGACUAAGACCAGUAUAGAUCCUCCGACAAAAGCAAACGCGCUCCUCCUCACCACCAAUACCGAAGUCAGCAUCGCCCCAAAGCUGCAUCAAAACAAGCCAUCCACUUCGAAGAAGCCCCUUGUCAAUGGUCAUCCGACCUCGACCACCAAACCAACACCGAAUGGUAUUGCAAAGGUGCCACUUCCCAGUGCAUCGAAGGAAGCAGUGGAAUCUCUUCGUGUCUUGCCAUCACGGCUGUUCCCUUCUCUUCCUGAAAGCAAUGGUCCAGAACUACUUGCAUUCGUCUCGUCCAGAACACAUGCUCAGCUGCGUUCCUCCACGACGUCAAGAGAACCUCCAACCAGCGAUACAUUUUUCUGUGGGACUUUGAAAGCUGCCCCCUCACCCAUCGACCCUUCAUCGCCCUCAACUCCACCAGUGCCAGAGCCAACAGCACGUAUCCUGAAUGCCGCGUCUUCUGCGACAGCGUCCAAUGGUUCCACGUCUACUCGACCAGGGGAAGUAUACGUUGGUGUCUCUGAAGAUGUCCCAUCGAGUCACAUUGUGUUGCCAGCGCUGCCAGAAAGCAUAAAAGAAUGGGAUAUUGUCAAGGGAUCUCUCGUACCAGACGGAGAGACAAUACGUCUAACACAACACGCUCAACCACAAAGACCUCAUACUACACGCCCGUCAACAUUCCUUGCUGGAGUCGAUGCCAUUCUGGACCGUUGCGAGUCAUACUGCACACGAGAACUCAUGAUCCACUCUAUGAAGAAGUCAGUACAUGGAUUCUCUGGCCUCCUUGUUACAGGACGUUCAGGCGCUGGCAAGACGUCAAUCAUCCGCUCAGUCGCCAAGAAACUACAAGAAGAUCCGAGAACGUUGACUUAUACGCUCUAUGUCGAUGUUUCAAAGUUCUCAGACCAACCGGUAUCUGCUGUGAAGGCCCAGUUCAACUACUGGCUCGACAAAUGCGCCUGGCAUCGUCCAAGUGUUCUCGUCCUCGACAAUUUGGAUAAACUGCUUAGUGCCGAAGUCGAGCAUGCCGACUCCUUCCGUUCAAGACAUCUCACAGAAAUAUUUUUGAGCAUAUUCUCUUCGAACGCUCGGACUGCAGCCCUUAAUAGUCGAGGCAUCCUUCUCUUGGCCACGGCUGAUUCAAUAGCAUCAAUACACUCUUUCCUGAACAUUGCCCAUGUUUUCAAAGAGGUCGUGCAUGUCACUCCGCCGAACAAAGAAGCUCGGAGAGAUAUCUUGUCCAGGCUCGUCCAAGAGCGCCUUGAAGUCGCAAAAGAUAUUGCUCAGGAUGAAGAAUCACCCAUUAAUUUCACCGAGCUCUCGACUCAGACAGAAGGGUACUCUGCCACAGAUUUGAAAGACUUAGUUGCUCGCGCAAUUCAUCAAGUCGCCAUGAGGGCGGGCAGUGAUUCAACAACCAAGUUGGAACUCACCCAAGCAGAUUUCGCUGUUGCGCAAGUGGAUUUCGUGCCGUUGUCUCUGAGAGAUAUUAAGCUCAAAAAAUCAGAUGUAGCGUGGUCCGACAUUGGCGGUCUACACGAAACCCGUCGCGUGUUGCGAGAAACUCUUGAAUGGCCGACAAAGUACGGUCCAAUAUUCAAGCAGUCGCCUCUAAGGUUGCGUUCCGGCCUCCUUCUGUAUGGUUACCCGGGGUGUGGAAAGACGUUGCUUGCGUCUGCUGUAGCUCGAGAAUGCGGGCUGAACUUCAUCAGCGUUAAGGGGCCCGAAAUCCUCAAUAAGUAUAUUGGUGCUAGUGAGAAAUCGGUACGAGACUUAUUUGAACGAGCUAGUGCAGCCAAGCCAUGUGUCCUAUUUUUCGAUGAGUUUGAUGCCAUCGCUCCAAAAAGAGGACACGACAGCACGGGUGUGACGGACAGAGUCGUCAACCAAAUGCUUACACAAAUGGAUGGUGCUGAAGGACUGGAUGGUGUUUAUGUCCUGGCUGCGACGAGCCGGCCAGACCUCAUCGACUCUGCACUCCUUCGUCCAGGACGCUUGGAUAAAUCUCUUUUGUGUGAUAUGCCUGAUGUUGAGGAACGGAAAGAUAUUCUAAUGGCAGUCGCAAGAAAGAUGUCCGUCUCCUCAACAGUCGACUUCGAUUGGAUCGCACAAAAAACGGAAGGGUUCUCCGGAGCCGACCUCCAAGCAUUGCUGUAUAACGCGCAUCUGGAUGUCAUUCAUGCAUCCAUGGCGGAAGGACCGUCCGAUGCAUCAAAAUCUGAGCAACUGGACGAACAGCCUGUGGAAUAUGUCCGGAUCGGUGGACCAGCCCAGCAGUCAGUGCUGAGCAAGGCAGAAGAGAUCGCGCUGCAGCGGAGGUUGCGCCAGAUCCUUCUGAGCUCCUCUGCUGGUGCAGCACCGAAGCAAGUAAAGGCACCGUCAUUAAAGAAGAAUGAAAUUCAGCAAGAGCACAUCCUUAAGUCCCUCAAAUCAACGCGUCCGUCAGUCUCUGUCGAGGAGAGAUAUCGACUUGCCCGGAUUUACAAAGAGUUCGUGUCUGACCGCAGUGGAAACCUACCCGUCCCUCCUGAAGCAGGCGGGAUAGGCAACCGUGUUACUCUUGGCUGA